CUAUCUCCUUAUUUCAUUUCGCAAGUAAACUCUUUAUCUAAUUCCAUCUAUAUAUAUUUCCAAGAUUAUACACGCAAUCUUUUUUAUACAAAAUUUUAUAGGCGAGCGUGUGUUCUAUAUAGAGAUAGAACCAAAGCUCUACAUACUUAUAGCCGCAUCGACCCUGAUUAAAAAGUUGUGGGUUCAAGUCUCAUCAGACAGAAUAGCACGUAUCUUUACGCAAGAUGGGUGCUUGUUUGUCAUCCAAGAAAUCGAAAAAGGAGGUGAAAAUCAAUACCAUAAGAGUAGUCCAUAUGAAUGGCUUAUUAGAAGACUAUGAAGAUCCUGCAACGGUUGAUCAAGUGAUAAGCAACUUCCCAACACACUUUUUAUGUACUCCGAUGGAGAUUUUCGAAAAAGGCUUAAUUCCUCUCAAGCUAGACCAUCAACUUCAAACCGGUCAAAUCUAUUUUGUACUCCCUAAUUCGACCCUUAGAUUUAACACGUCUCCAGAUGACUUGACCUGUUUAACUAGGAAGCUUACAAACAUAGCCAAAACUGGUAAAUGUCCUGCAAAGUUGACCCCAAGAUGUCCUUAUGUGGCUAGUCCAUUGUGUAGUCCACAAGCUACAAGCAUAAACAAGUGUUUAGACCGCCGGGUUGGUGAUAACGAAGAGGGCAUGUUAAAUUCGCCUAAAUCGCCUCAAUGGAAACCGAUUUUGGAUACUAUUACAGAAGGUUAGUAUCAAAGCAAUGUAUGCUGUUAGAUUUUUGUGAAAAAUAGUUUGUGAAAAAAAUGUUAAAGAAAGUUACAUUUAAUAGAAAGUCAUUGGUUUAUAUUUGUUUUUCGAAUGUA